AUGGUACGUGUAACAAUUAAAGGUGGUGUUUGGCGUAAUACAGAAGAUGAAAUCCUCAAAGCAGCUGUGAUGAAAUAUGGCAAAAAUCAAUGGUCACGUAUUGCUUCUUUGCUUCAUCGAAAAUCAUCUAAACAAUGUAAAGCACGUUGGUUCGAAUGGUUGGAUCCUUCGAUUAAAAAAACUGAAUGGUCACGUGAUGAAGAUGAAAAGUUAUUACACAUGGCAAAACUGAUGCCAACACAAUGGAGAACAAUAGCUCCAAUUGUUCAACGUACAGCUGCUCAAUGCCUUGAACGUUAUGAAUAUUUACUUGAUCAAGCUCAACGUCGUCGUGAAGGUCUUGAUGAAACAAUUGAUGACCCACGUGCAUUACGUCCUGGUGAAAUUGAUCCAAAUCCAGAAAAUAAACCAGCAAGACCAGAUCCAAUUGAUAUGGAUGAAGAUGAACUUGAAAUGCUUUCCGAAGCUCGUGCUCGUCUUGCAAAUACUCAGGGUAAAAAAGCAAAACGCAAAGCACGUGAGAAGCAACUUGAAGAAGCACGACGUUUAGCAUCAUUACAAAAACGUCGUGAAUUACGUGCAGCUGGUAUUGAAGUUCGUCGUUAUUUUAAUAGAAAACGCGGCGUUGAUUAUAAUGCAGAGAUUCCAUUUGCAAAAUUACCUGCUAUUGGUUUUUAUGAUACAGCAAAUGAGAUUUUUGAUGCCGAUAAAAUCGAUUUUAAACGUUUACAUGUUGAUAAUAGAAAUUUAGCUGCCAAAGAAGAGAAUGAAAAAAGUGAACGAAAGAAAGAUAAUAAUAAAUUGAAACGCAAAAAAGAAGAUGAUUUACCAGCUGUUAUUAUGAACGAAAAUCGUCUUGAACCUAUUAAAAAACGUUCAAAAUUAGUUUUACCAGCACCACAAAUAAGUGAUAUGGAAUUGGAACAAGUUGUUAAAUUAGGACAAGCAACAGAAAUAGCUAAACAGCAAGUCUCAGAAAAUGGUACUAUUGCUACGGAAACUUUACUUGGAGAUUAUAACUUAACUCCGGAUUUAAAUAGAAUUCGUACACCACAAUUACCUGUUAUGCAAGAUAGUGUACUCAAUCAAGCGCAUAAUCUUAACAUAUUAUCAACUGUUCAAACACCAUUAUUAGGUGGAUCAAAUACACCAUUAAUGGAUGUAAGUAAUGAAAAAUCAAGAUCAGCAGCUGGCUUGAUUAUGGCAACACCAAAUACUUUAUUCAAUACACCUUUUCGAACACCGACAAAUGCAUCAGGUGAUGGAUUGACACCAUCAGUACGUGGACCAUCAACAGAUAUUAAUCCAGGUUCGGUAUCUGUACGUGAUCAAUUGAGUAUUAAUACGGAUGAAAUGUUAUUUGAUGAUCAAUUAAAACAGCGUGAAGUAAAGCAACAACUACGACAUAAUCUUUCACGUUUACCAAGACCAAAAAAUGAUUAUGAAAUUGUAGUGCCUGAUUCAAAUGAUCAGAUAAAUGAUGAAGAUCGAAUGGAUACUAAUAAUACACAAGAUGAAGAUCAAGCUGAUAUUGAUCAACGUAAACUCGAUGCAAAACGUCGUAAACAACAAGAACAUUUUAAACGGCAGACACAAGCUGUUCAACGAAAUCUACCUCGUCCAAAUGAUAUUAAUUUAACUAUUCUUCGCCCAGCAAAUGCAGAAGGUCCAAUGACUGAUUUACAAAAAGCUGAAGAAUUAAUAAAACAAGAAAUGCUCGUUCUUCUUCAUUAUGACGCAUUAAAUAAUUCUCAAACAACUAGUAUCUCUAAUCGUAAUAAAGAUUUUUCUGUUUAUCUUGAUACACAUCCCUAUGAAGAAUUUACAGAUGAAGAUCUUGCUUCAGCUCGUGCAUUACUCGAAUCAGAAAUGAAUGUUGUUAAAAAAACUAUGGGUCAUGGCGAUUUAAAUCUUGAUGUUUAUUCAAAAGUAUGGGAUGAAUGUUAUUCUCAAGUCUUAUUUUUACCAUCGAAAAAUCGUUUUACGCGAGCAAAUGCAGCUAGUAAAAAAGAUCGAAUUGAAUCAGCUGAACAAAAACUUGAACUUAGUCGUAAUUUAAUGGCCCUCGAGGCAAAACGUGCAGCAAAACUUGAGAAAAAACUUAAAACAUUGCUUGGCGGUUAUCAAUCUCGUGGUCAAGUACUCAUUAAAGCAUUAACUGAUGUAUACGAUCAAAUCGAUCAAACUCAAGUCGAAGCUAAAACCUUCGAAUUACUUCGUCAAAACGAAAUAUUAGCUAUUCCAAAACGUAUUGAUUCUUUUACUGAAGAUGUUGCACGACAAGAAGAACGUGAACGUGAACUUCAACGACGUUAUCAAGAGUUGUACGAAGAACGAACUAGUUUCUUAGAACAACAAUAA